AUGAAAUAUCAAGAUAUGGUUAUAAAAAAAAAUAAUAUUGAAUUCGAGAAGUUAGCGCAAUGGAAAAAGUAUUCAAACUAUUUAAAAAACUCAACUGUGAGAACCGAGAAGGAAAAACAGUGGUCAUCGAACAAGUACUUAAUAAAUAGUUCACAGGAUUUCGUCGGAAUGAGCAAUGACCAUUCCCAGAAAAGUUUGCAAGCUAGAAGAAACAAGCUACUUCAACUCCUGGAAAACGAUGCAGAAAAUGAAAAGAAGCUAUCGGAAGCACACGCUGAAUAUUCCAAAUCCAAAUCAGUUAUGCUGAUUCGAUCCACUGCACUAAAGAAAGAACGUGAUUCAGAAAAGACAAAGAUGGCUGAAACUCUGUUGAUCGAACAUUUCAAAAAAAACAAUUCAGAUGUGAGGGAGAUGUUGAGAGCAGCCGGCCAAAAUGAUAUUGUAGAUCACUGGAAUGACCAAUUAAAUGAGCGCAAUAAAUUAAAACAAUCAGAAGACAUUGGUCAUAUUGUGACUGACGAAAUGGAGUCAGAUAUUAAAAUGUAUGAGGACAAACAAAGUGUAGAAAUAGAAUUGAAACGUUUGCAAGAUAAAGAAAAACAUUUGGAAUAUCUUCAAAAACAAUUAUGUGAAUUAAACAAUCGAGAAAAUGAAGCAAAACGUCUAGUUGAAAAAGAGAAAAAUUUAAUGAAACAAUUAGCUAAAAUGGAUCAACUUGAACAUAAACGACGUAUAAUUGAAGAAAAAUGUCAACGUGAACUAUAUGGACGUGCUUUAUUACAUCAACAUCAAACAGCAUUACGUAGACGUUCAUUAUCUGUACAAAAUGAAUUAAAAGCUGAUUUAGAUUGGUUAAAUCAAUUAACAAUACAAGAAAAUUUCGAUUAUGAAGCUGAUAUUGAAAGAAAACAAAAAGAAAAAGAAAAUAUUUUAGCAAUACAAAAAUUAGUUGAAUAUGAAUUACAGAAAGAACAAAUAAGAGAAUUAGAAUUAAAUGAAUUAGAAGUUUAUGAAGCAUCAAAGUUAUGGGCUAAACGUGAAGAAGAAUGGAGAAAUGAAACGGCCAUUAGACAAAAGCUUUUACAAGAGGUAAUCGAACAUCGUCGUAAACAAAUCUCAGAUCAAUUAACUUCAAUUCAACAAUUUCAACAUGAUGAAUUAAUUUCAAGAGAGGAAUUAUUAGAAAAAAUUGAAAAUAUUCAUCUCUAUGAUAAACUUAAAGAAACAACAUAUCAUAAUCAAGUGAAUGAACAAUGUUGUCAACUCAAUAAUCAAUUAAAUGAUAAAAUUAAAUCGAAUCAAUUGAUUAAUGAUGAAUUAAAAGCUGAUUUAGAAGCACAACAAAAAGCUGAAUUAGCUUAUGAAGUAAUGUUAAGAAAAGAAGCAGAAAAUUUACAAUUAAAAGAGAAACAAUUAAGAAAUCUUACAUAUUAUAAGUCAAGGAAUGGAUAUUCAACAACAACAACAACAACAACAACAAAUAAAAUAAAAUGA